AUGAUGUACUUUUCAUCGUCAUCAUUGAUUUUUGCAUUAUUCUACUUUUUCAAUGUGCUCAUACUGUAUUCCACAUGUUAUCAAACCCGAUUCAAAAGAGAUUUCAUGUUGAUAACAGACGGAAAUAUGACAGAUGCAAAGUGUUUUGGAGAAUGCCAAGAGGAAUACCGAGCGAAGUUUGAGUAUACUCUCAACCAAUCGUUGUCGGAAUUCUACGAUUUUCCAUUUCAUCCGGUGGUUUUGGAAAGUUCCUCAUUUCAAUUAUAUUGUAAAUUGUCAGAACAGAAAACCAAAUGUUUUUCCGAAAGGUGCAACGAUUAUGCUGCUGAAAACUCUUUCUCUCCUUCGAACUUUGUCUGCCUAUUUAAAAGAAGUCUGUUUGAGAAAGCUCUGAAAUGUCUAGCAAAAACAGAACCCAUAACAUUUCUAAAAUGUGAUCAUGAAUGUCAUGAAGAGAUUGUUCGAACUGAUCGUUUGAAACAGACUACUCCCAACAACCAGAAUCAGAUUUUUGUGUCUUCUGAUCUUGCCACGUAUGAGACUGAACUGGAUAAAUUAUGCAGGUUUCAGUCGUGUUAUAUGAAUUGUAUGGCUCCUGUUGUUAAAGAAAUGUGUGGAGAAGAGGAAUCAAAGUCGGCCAUUGAAAUCGUUGAAGCUUAUGUUCAAUGGCAUGCUGAUGACAUUUCCGAUUGGCAUUCAAUAACUGGAAACGAUGAGACUCUCCCAGAAGCAUGUCAAAUACUGGUCAAAACCCAUUCAAAAACUGAUGAUCCCAUUUUACAGAUUAUUGGAAAUGUUGCUUAA